ACUUAGUCCGUCUUGACGAGCAGAAAGAAAACAGUAUUGACUAUCUCCCUUGUUUACAAUAUUGUCAUAAAAGUGCAAGAAAUAUAUUUAAUUACUUUUUUAUUUGUAACGUAACUUGAUGACUAUCAAUCAUGGAUGAAUGUUCAAUGGACAGCGAGGUACAGGUUCUAGUGUGUGAACAGUGCUCAGCUGCUUUCUUGAGUGAGGAGGGUUUCAAGUUGCACGCAUGUAUAAAAAGAAUUGUCACAAGUUCAUCCGAAAAAAGCCGUGAAUCAUCUUUUGAAAAAAGAGUUCAUUAUGAAUCUGGAUAUUUCGAUAAUGAUAGUGACGAUGAUAUGUCUGAUAGACUAGUUAUUAAUGAAAGUGAACCUAGUGGAAGUAGCCUAGAUGUUGCUCCAUCCGGACCUAGUGGAAGUAGCCUAGAUGUGGCUUUAUCAGAACCUAGUGGAAGUAGCCUAGAUGUGGCUCCAUUCGGACCUAGUGGAAGUAGCCUAGUGGUUGCUCCAUCCGGACCUAGUGGAAGUAGCCUAGAUGUGGCUUUAUCAGAACCUAGUGGAAGUAGCCUAGAUGUGGCUCCAUCAGGACCUAGUGGAAGUAGCCUAGAUGUUGCUCCGUCAGGAUCAGAAUUAAAGUCACUGGAACAGAAAUUUCAAAAAGCUGAUGUCGGUAAAAUGCAUUUAUCAAACCCAGGUCAAGCAAACUGUAUCGCUGAAAUAUCGAAAAGAUGUAUACAGAAACACAUUGUGCUGAACUCUUCAGACUUGGAAAACAAUCCAGUAAGCUCUCAGAAAAUGUUGACUUGUAUUAAGCCAAUAACUGGCUUCCCAAAGGUGUUUAUAUUUCCUCUUAGACCAAACGUACCUGUACAUAACAUUCAAUCGUUAACUUCAAAUAGGUCUGUGGGACCCAUGCCACAGGUCUUAAGACUUAAUAAUCAGAGACCUGUCAAUCCUGUAAGCGGCACAGUAAGUCAAAAUAAUUCGUCGAAAUUACCCACAAGGAUUGUGAAGUUUGAUUUGACUAGGCCAGCUUGUAAUACAAUCAAUAAUGUAACGCAUAAUUUUUUAAAUGGGCAACCUCAGCUCACGUCACAUACUUGUAGAAUAAACAAUGGACGUAUCGCGAAGAUUGUACCAAUCGUGAAGAUUGUACCAAAGGGUAUGUUAAAGUCAGUGAACCGCUUAAUAUCUUUUCAACGAAACAAUUCCUCUGCUUUGAAUGAAUCAGUUGUGGUUCCCCAAAUGUCAAGUGAUGUUCAAUCAAGAUUUCCUGAAAAUACCGAAGCCAGCAAUGGUGAACAGGUAAAUGAAAAGUUGACAUCAAAGGAGACAGAUAUUUCUCAUCAUGUUAAACAUGUCGCCAAUACAAAAUUGAAUAAGUCUGAAACUAAAAUGCAAGAUGACGACUUUCUUAAACAGCUUAUAAUUGACGAAUACCCGGUUUCAGAAAGUAAUCCUGAAGUGUCUUUUUCCUACGAUCCGAAUCAAACACAUCAAGAGUCUAACAGUAAGGAAAGGCGUGUUAAUAAUAACAUGAAAGGCAUAUUAUCCCCUAAACACAUGGCAACCGAAGAAGAUCCAAAUCAGAAAACUGACAUGUCCAUAUCCAGAGAAAACUUGGUUCCCCUUUCAAAGCGCCUUACUUGUACAAAUUCUGAAUCUGCAAUUCUUAAACAAGAAAUAAUAAGCAAAGAAAUUGAAGUACCUAUAUUGGAAAAACAAACUGUUACUAAUAAGCCAGUGAAGAAUGUAAUACAGAUAAUCGUUAAAAGUGUUGGUAAUAACAGUGGUGUAGUACACCUUUUAAAGGACCCGUCAAUAAAAAGGUACAUAACUGAACAUGUCAAAACGAUUCAGAAAGGUAAAACUGACCAGAAGCCGAUUUGUAUAAGCAUUCAGACAUCAGGUGCAAUUGCUAAUCGUUUGCAGAAGUCAAAAGCUAAAAGUGUGCGAUUAUUUAAAAGACAGCCUGUGUCCGAAAAUAUUAACCAGUCUAUUUCUCAAAAUGACAUCGUGCAAGAACGAAAUGCUGUUUCAAAUAACCAAUCAGUAACAAGAUAUGAACCGACAUCAGCUGCACCUUCUAAUCAUGUGCAGAAGUCAAAAGCGAAAGUUGUUCAGUUACAUAAAAAACAGGUUGUGGCGAAAAUUAUGAAUCAGCCUAUUUAUCGAAAUAACAGGGUUAAAAAACGACAUGCUGUGUUAAAUGAACAGCCUGUAUCACGAUAUGAAGCUAGAUUUGAAACCGAGAAGGCUGACAGUCGAUUAAUUGAUAAUGUAUCCAGUCGUUUAGAGUCUGUGCCGCGGAUACUUCGCAAUACUGAUAUUGAGGAUAUUCAUACUGCUGUUGAUGCUUCUUAUGAUCGUGGUAAUAGGGAAACUGGCAUUGAUGUCAAGCCCUAUGUGUGUACAACCUGCUCGAUGGUCAUGGAUUCCGAAUGGGAGCUAGAGGCUCACCGCACGUCCUGUAAGGGGGACAAAUGUGUUGAGGUGAAGUUUGAAGUUGAAGGUUUCCAAUGUUCUGUGUGCUCUGAGAGGUUCUCCGAUGAAGCCACAUUUGAUGAACACUUAGAGAUCUGCUCUGAAGCGGUAUAUAACACCAGCAGAAUGGCUGACAUUCCAACAGAGUUUCUGAACAUUGCAAACAACAACCUACCAUACUGCGUAGGUGACCCUUCUGGCAACAAGACUAUGUACGCUUGCGGAAUGUGCGGGAAAGAAUUCCAUGAAAGAUGGUUCCUCAGUCGCCACAUGAAGGUACAUUCGCAGGAAAAGGACUUUAUAUGUACUAUAUGUGGACAGGCAUUUACAUAUAAACAUAACUUAAAGAACCAUAUGGGAUUCCAUGGUGACCAUCGACCUUACAAGUGUGAAGUGUGCGACGCGACUUUCAAGUACCCAAACAAUCUUAGCAAGCACAAAAAAAUCCACAAACCCGAUGAUGUGGUGAAGAAAUUCAAAUGUCGUUACUGCAAUCGGGGCUUUAAGGAAAAUUACCAUCGAGAGCGUCACGAGGCUUCCCACGCUCCCCAGCGAACCAUCGAGUGUCAACACUGCGACCUAACGUUCUCGCGUCGAGAUAAUCUGCAGCAGCAUAUGAAGAGAAUUCAUUCAUUAGACGCCAGGGCAAAAGUUGUCAAGCGGAAAUGUCGGCGACAACCGUGGAGUUGUCUGUUGUGCGGUCAGAAAUUCCUUUGGAGGAAAUAUUUUAUUACCCACAUGGAAAUGCUGCACCCAGGAGUGGAAACGCCCGAAUUUCAACAGGCGCGCCUUGGCGUUAGGGAUAAAUGCGACGGAAGUGAUAAUGACAAUGGUGGUGAUGUUGAUGAUGACGACGUUGGUGACAUAGGGAAAGAGGAUUAUAAUAGCGAAAGUGAUGAUGAUAAUGUGGAGUUAGAUUCAGAGGAUGAUGACAAGGCAAUAAAAAAUGUUCAGCAAUGUGUAAAGCUCACAUGCUCAAAGUGUGAUCGGGUGUUUCGGUCUGAGGGGAAUUUACAACGGCACAUGCGCUUUAUGCAUGAUCAAAAUUAGAAUGUUAUGAAUAGAGGCUCAUAGUUUUAAAAUAUUCACAUAAUUAUUGUUAUUUUUUACAGUAAUUUUAGCACAUAAACUAAAUGAUGCAGGAAAUAAAUAUUUAAUUUAUAUAGGAUAAACUUGCAUAAACGCAAUUAUUUACAGCCUUUAUUCUAUUGCUUUGGCAUACUAUUAUGUUUUUUGAUUGUAUCAUAAAUAAAUAAGUAACGAAUCAUUUCAGUACCCGCUCAUUUCAAAUUUCAUUUUUACAUGAUAUCCUGGGGAGAUGCUUGUUUGCCACCUGGCCGUAACAUGCAUAGUCAGUGUCAUUAAAAAUAAAGCUGCUCGUUUUG